AUGGCUCUUGACCGUCUGAAGCAACUGGGCCACCAGGUGACUUCCUCCUCUCCUCCCCCUCACCCUUUUGACCCCCUUUCCACGUUGGAGAUCGAUGCAGCGGUCGCCAUAAUCUGCACUGAACACGAUGGUUCGCUUAGAUUCAACGCUGUCACGCUGUGGGAGCCGAGAAAGGUUGAAAUGAUGGCUUGGCUAGCUAAUCCGAAAACCGCUCCUCGCCCACAUCGUGCAGCGGAUGUUGUUGCCAUUGCACCCAGCGGAAAGGAAACUUUGCAAUGGAAACAUGUGGAAGGUGUCCAGCCGUUAAUCACAAUGGAGGAUUUAAAUGCAGUGGAACCGUUGGCGAGGAAGGAUCCAAAGAUUAUCGAGCAAUGUGGGAUUAUUGGUAUUCCCCCGGAGGACAUGCACAAGGUUUAUUGUGAUCCAUGGACAAUUGGAUAUGAUGAGAGAUUUGGCAGCGACGUCUGUCUCCAGCAAGCUCUGAUGUAUUACCGCCCGAACGUGGAUGACUGUCAGUAUGCAUAUCCACUAGACUUCUGUCCCAUCUACAGCCCUGAAACCAAAGAGUUUAUCCACAUCGACGUUUCUCGUGUGCUGAGACCGAUCAGUAAAGCUCCACCUAAUAACUACGACGUACAAUCCAUUGAAAGGCAAGGUGGUUACCGUGAUGCCGUGAAACCCAUCCACCUCACCCAGCCAGAAGGCGUCUCCUUCAAAGUAGACGGUCGAGUCAUUGACUGGCAAAAUUGGAACCUUCAUGUUGGCUUCAACUACCGUGAAGGCAUUGUACUAAAUAAUAUCACAUUCAACGACAAGGGAACUAUACGUCCCGUUUUCUACCGCCUCUUAUUAGCAGGGAUGGUAGUUCCAUACGGGAACCCAGAGCACCCCCAUCACCGAAAACAUGCUUUCGACUUAGGAGAGUACGGUGGCGGGUACAUGACCAACAGCUUAUCGCUUGGGUGUGACUGCAAGGGCGUCAUCCACCACAUGGGUGCAGAUUUCGUCAACGCCGCGGACUCGAGCACUACUAUCAAAAAUGCCAUCUGUAUCCACGAGGAGGAUGCCGGUAUCUUAUUCAAACACACAGAUUUCCGAGAUGAUUCUGUCAUCGUGACUCGCGGCCUCAAGCUCAUCAUCUCACACAUAUUCACCGCCACGAACUAUGAAUACUGCGUGUACUGGAUCUUCCACCAGGACGGUACCAUCCAACUUGACAUCAAACUCACCGGCAUUCUAAACACAUACGCCAUGAACCCAGGCGUCAACGCGCACAAUCACCAGCAUCUCUUCUGCCUGCGAAUCAAUGCCAACGUUGACGGCCCCAACAACACCAUCUUCCAAGUCGAUGCUACCCGGGGACCCGGUGAAGCCAUGGCUGACUAUGACGGAGCAAGUAGUCGCACAUGGGAUAUUGCAAACACCAAUAAAUUGAAUCCGCACAGCAAGAAGCCCGUUGGCCUCAAGCUAGUGAGCCGGGGGGUGCCCGCACUUCUACCCAGGGAGGGUGGGUUAGUAUGGAACCGUGCCGGCUUCGCUAGACAUGCAGUCCAUGUUACCAAGUACGCGGACGACCAACUCUACCCGGCCAGCCGCCACGUGCCACAGACAUCUGAUAGCCCCUCUCUGUCCCCCGGGCUCCCAACCUGGAUCAGCGAAGCUUCCUCUGCCCCCUCAUUCUCUAACACCAGCAUCGAAAACACAGACGUGGUCCUCUGGCACACAUUCGGAAUCACGCACUUCCCGUCCCCAGAGGAUUUUCCCAUUAUGCCUGCGGAGCCUAUGUCGCUAUCGCUACGGCCGAGGAAUUUCUUCGCUCGCAAUCCCGCGCUAGAUGUUAAGCCGAGCUGGGCUCGGUCACCGAGUCAGGUUGCCGUGGGAAUAGAGGGUGCAUUUUGUGGCAGCGGAAUGGAUCCAGGAAGGAAAGGGGAUGGCGUUAGUAGGGUUGUGUGA